UGAGACGGGAUGGAAAAGGAGGAGGGGUCCCCUGAUAUGCGCGGGGGGUUUCCUUGAAGGGCGUAGCAAAAAGUUUCCGUGUUUUCAUGCAUGGUUGGACAACGUGAUCGAGCGAGGCCGUUAGAUGAAAAACUGAAGGACCUAAGAUAUUUCCAGUGAAAGUUUACUCAACUCGAUUAUGUACAAUAGGCACGGUUCGAUCUAAUAUUCACUUGCGGUAGUUACAUAACAUAACAUGCAAUUGAAGAUGUUCCGCGGACAGCUCUGUGGAGCCGGGCGAUGAUUUGGAAAUCAUCGUCAGGGGUAAAAGAAAACGUAGAAUUAUGCCUUUGUGAUGUCGGCACUAAUUCUGAACCGGCAAGGCGAAUAAGGUGAAAAGUUUUGUUUUAGUUAAGAACGUUACAUUUAGCAUCACAUGAACUCGAUCACGCGACGCAAAGCAAUUAGCAGAAAUCGGGGAUUACCCUUAUGAAUAUUAAUCAUACUAGGCAGACAUCGAGCUUCGGCCGCCACCAUGAUCAUGCUUAUUGCUGAAGAUGGUACGUUUUCAGCGUUUUCAACGGACUCCCGAUUCUUCCUACUUCAUAGUUGAUAGUACAACGUUUUUCACACAGGCUUGCUGGUCUUGAACUGAAGUUUUGUCAGUUUUGAUUUUCUUUUUGGUUACAGCGGCUCGCUUCCUCCAGGUACUUCAAACUGACACUGACAAAGCUCUGUAGAUUUCCAAACAACAGCAUCAAUGGCAAGUGGUCCAAUCAAGGCUGCGAGUGAAAGUGACGUCACACCACCUGAUGGUGAACCAACGCUGGAUUUUGAUGAAGACACUUUAAGAGCAAUCGCACGGGUGUACCUAAAUGAAGGUAAUGAUGAACACAGAGGGAAAGAUUUUAGCAGAGCCAUUUACUUCUACACGGAAGGAAUUAAUGUGAAUUGUAAAGAUGAAACUCUCAAAGCCAAACUCUUCAGUAACAGGGCAACAGCACAUUUUCAUUUGGGAUGUUAUCCUGAAUCACUGAGUGAUGCCAAAGCAGCCCAUGAAUUAGAGCCAAAUUUUGUGAAGACAAUUGAGAGAGGAGCGAGUGCCUGUUUUAAGCUGAGUAUGUUUGAAGAAGCCAUCACUUGGUGUAACAAGGGAUUGGCAAUUGACCAGAACAACCAGAGGUUAGUGGACUUGAAGAACGAGUCUGUCGAAGGACAAAGGAAACUUCAAGAAAUACGUGUAGUCGAAGGGAACUUGAAGGAUGAGUCGGAUACCCAAACCGCGACACGAAAGAUCAGUGCCUCAUUUCAACAAGCAACAGAAAUUUCCAACGAAAGCAAAGAUCUGGGGAGUGAAGCCUACGGUGAUCUUGGAGAUUUCUUUUACAAUCUUGGUGACUUCAACAAAGCCAUAAACUACUACAACCUAUGUGUUGCUUUUGCCAAAGAUGUAGGAAACAAGGCUUUAGAAGGGGCUUUGUACUGCAAUCUUGGCAAUGCUUAUAAAGGUCUUGGUGAUUUCAAAAGAGCCAUAGACUACCACAACCUCUCUCUUAGCAUUGCAAAAGAAGUGGGAUAUAAAGCCGGAGAAGCAGCUGCAUAUGGCAAUCUUGGAAAUGCUUUUAACAGUCUUGGCGAUUUCAGAAAGGCUAUAGAUUAUCAUAGCCGAGAUCUCACUAUUGUCAAGGAAAUGGGUGACAGGGCAGGGGAGAGAGAUGCACAUGGAAAUCUUGGCAUUGCUUAUUCCAAUCUCGGGGAUUUCAAGAAAGCCAUAGACCACUACAGCGAACGUCUUGGUAUCGCCAAAGAUCUGGGAGACACAUCAGGGGAGAGUGACGCUUGCGCUAAUCUCGGGAUUGCUUUAUACCGUCUCGGAAAUUCCAAAGCCGCCAUAGAAUACUUCAACCGUCAUCUUCGUAUUGCCAAAGACGUUGGAGACAAAACUGGGGAGGGGGCUGCAUAUUGUAAUCUUGGCAGUGCCUUUUACAGUCUAAGGGAUUUCAGAACAGCCAUACACUACCAUAACCUGCAUCUCACUAUCGCUAAAGAUCUCAAAGACAAGGCUCAGGAAGGACGCGCGUACCGUAAUAUUGGCCAUGAUUUUUACGAUCUUGGUGAUUUCAAACAAGCCAAGGAUUACCACAACCGGCACCUUAUUAUUGCCAAAGAAGUGGGAGAUAAAGCUGGGGAAAAUAAUGCUUAUAGCGAUCUUGGCAAUGCCUCUUGCAGUGUAGGCGAUUUUAAAGAAGCCAUAGACUACCACAAUCUUGCACUGAACAUUUCCAUAGAACUGGAAGACAAGGCUGGGGAAGGAGCAGCGUAUGGCAAUCUUGGCAAUGCAUUUGACGGUCUUGGUGAUUUAGAAAAGGCCGUUGAGUACCACAGCCUCCAUCUUGGCAUUUCUAAAGAACUAAGAGACAAAAAGGGCGAAGGAACCGCGUAUGGCAAUCUUGGCAAUGCUUUUCUAAGACUCGGUGAUGUAACAAAGGCCCUAGAUAACCACAAUCUACAACUUAUGGCUGCCAAAGACUUAGGAGACAAAUCCGAAGAACAAACCGCGUAUAGUAAUCUUGGCAAUUCUCAUCAGUGUCUCGGUAAUUUCCAGAAAGCCAUAGGUUAUCAUAAUCGUGCUUUAGAUAUGGCCAAAGAAGCCGGAGACCGAGCUGGUGAAAAAAGGGCAUAUAUCGGUCUUAGCAAUGCUCUCCAGCGUCUUGGUGAUUUCAAAAAAGCCAUUGAAUACCUCAACCUUUCUCUAAGUAUCAGCAAAGACUUAGGAGACAAGCCUGGAGAGGGAGCUGCCUAUUGCAAUCUUGGUAAUGCUUUUAGCAGUAUCGGUGACUUUAAAACGGCCGUAGACUAUCUCAAGCGUCAAAUUAGCCUUGCCAACGAUAUUGGGGACAAAGUCGGACAAGGGGCUGCAAAUGGAAAUCUUGGAAUUGCUUUGACCAAUCUCGGUGACUACGAAGAAGCCACAGACUACUUAAACCGUCAAUUUACGAUUGCCAAAGAUGCGGGACAUAAGGGCCAGGAAGGCACUGCAUGUGGCAGCCUUGGCAAUGUUUAUUUCAAACUUGGUGAUUUCAAGCAAGCGAUGUACUACCAUAAUCUUCAAAGUGAUAUUGCCAUAGAAGUGGGCGAUAAGGCUAUGCUAGCUGUCGCACAAAGCUCCCUUGGCAAUGAUUUUCAAAGCCUUGGUGAUUUCAAAAGCGCCAUGGAACACCAUAACAUUGGCCUUAGUAUUGCAAAAGAAGUAAAUGACGAGUUAUUGGAAGGCCAACUCAAUCAUGCACUAGGCUACAGCUUUGAAUUACUCUGCAAUUUCCCUGAGGCUGUAAAGCAUUACCAGGCAAGUGUACGAUUGUUAAACAAUGUGAGAAGUCUUCUCCAGUCUCGAGAUAGAUGGAAAAUUAGUUUUCGACAAGAAUGCAACAUCAGUUACACGAGUUUAUGGCGAGUUCUCUUGAAACAAGACAGGAUGGCUGAAGCCUUGUUUGCUGCCGAGAGAGGGCGAGCCCAAUCUCUUUCUGAUCUUUUGAGAUUCCAGUAUCGUAUGGCAAUAAGUCCAUCGAAGGCGUAUGAAAAUGAAGAGCACGAUGGGGAUAUGCUCAAUUACAUUCCAUCAAGCACAAUUUUUGCAGCUGUUGGUGAUGGUACGAUAAAUUUAUGGGUCCUGUUUGAAGAAAGGAAAGUUCAUUUUAGGCAAAAGGAACUUGACGAUCCCUUUGCAUUGGAUGAUACAAAUGCCUCUUUGAUCUCGUUAAUUAAAACUGCUCACCGAAACAUCCGUGUUGGUCAAGUUGGUGAGGUAAUCCCAGACUCUUCCUCGGGAGAGGAUAGUUCUUUGAGCACUUUGUACACAAUCCUCAUCAAACCAAUUGAAGACCUGGUUCAAGGUGACGAGCUGAUCAUUGUCCCGGAUGGUCCACUUUGGUUAGCUCCUUAUGCUGCAUUCCUGGGCAAUGAUUCCAGGUAUCUUUGCGAAUCCUUUCGAAUCCGACUGAUUCCUUCGCUGACCAGUAUGAAAAUGAUCAUGGACUGCUCAAGCGAAUACCACAGUAACAGAGGUGCAUUACUUGUGGGAGAUCCGUGGGUAGAGGAAGUUACUAACAGGAAAGGAAAGAAACUGUUAAAACAACUCCAAUUUGCGAAACAAGAAGUUGAAAUGAUUGGGCAGAUUCUCAACGUAAAGCCUCUCACAGGGAAAGACGCAACAAAGAGUGAGGUCUUAAAAGGACUAAACUCAGUUGCUUUGGUUCACUUUGCAGCUCAUGGGCGCAUGGAAACUGGUGAAAUAGCCCUAACUCCCGACCCGAAGCGAGCAUCCCGAAUCCCCACAGAGGAAGAUUAUAUUUUGACAAUAGCAGAUGUGCUGAGUGUUCAAAUGCGAGCAAGACUGGUUGUGCUUAGUUGUUGUCACAGUGGUCAAGGAGAGAUCAAAGCUGAAGGCGUGGUCGGUAUUGCACGUGCCUUUAUGGGUGCUGGCGCUCGUUCCGUUCUGGUCUCACUCUGGGCGAUCGAUGAUGAGGCCACGCUAGAGUUUAUGAGAAGUUUCUAUCAUCGCCUUGUGGAAGGGAGAAGUGCAAGCGAGUCCCUAAAACUGGCCAUGAAAUGUCUCAGAGAGUCUGAAAAGUACAGUGAUGUAAAAUACUGGGCGCCUUUUGUACUUGUUGGUGAUGACGUCACUCUGGAAUUUGAUGAAAAGGAAUGAAACAUUUAUUUGAUUAGGCCUGUAUUUACGAGUCUUGUUCGCAUCAAUUUAUGAAUACGUGACAUGAAAGUAAUACCUCGUCAAUGAGCUUCACAGUUGUCAUCAGAGCUGUUGAAUCUGGACUGGACUGUUUGUUCGACUAACCAAUAACUUCACUCUUUCACAGCUUCAGGGCACUCAGUGUAUAUACCGUAAACUUGCGAAAGUAAUGACCCCCCGAAAGUAGCGAACCCCGAAAGCAACGUCAAAACGUUGUGGCCGCUAAUAAAUUCUGAAAGUAGUGGCCUUCCACCCACCCCCCUUUCAUGGCGACAUUUAGUUACGAGUUCAGAUUUUUUGCUUAGUGAGGAAACAGCGAGCGGUCAAGAUGCACAGAUUUCACAUAAACACAGAUUGUAAGAGGAAGGAUUGAUUAUCGCUUAGUGCGUGAAAGUCAAGUUACAUUUACUCCCUGUCUUUAUAUUGUUAUUUUACUCUGCAUGUUAUUCGUAGAGCACUCUCAGGAUAAGUGAAACAAGUUAUUCAUUAAUUGUUUAUCCGUUUAUAAGAAAUAGUAUACACUGUAUUAUAGCUCUUGUUAACAUCUUAUCAUUGUUUUUGUUUUUUUUGCUAGCCAGUCAAAGCGCAUUAAAAUUGCUAUCAGAAUGCACGUGGUUCGUACGGGAAAAA